GAUCUACUGGCGUGUGUCACGUGACCGAAAAUGGACAAAAUUUUCGCCACAACCAUGGCGCCAAAUGGAGGUGUAAAUAUAUGAUGUCAUCACAGAUUUAGUCGAUGUACCAUGUAGACUUGUCGGAUGACAGGAAUGGGGUGCACAAUAUUAGGAAAUUAGGGUCCUGGUGCCACUCUGUACUGCCCAACAGCAUGUCGGCCACCAAGCUGAAGCGACUGCUCAAGCUCGAUGAUAUUAGAGGGGCAUCCAAGGGUGAUGGUGAGGAUUCUGUCGAGGAGAAUGACAGAAAUGGUUCCUCCUCUUCGUCGUACAAGUCUGUGUACAUCGAGAAGCCUACGAAAAACAAGUCUCACUCCAAGUUUGACUAUGGCAUGAAGCAGGCAGAGCAGCCAGCAGAGCUUUUCCGGAAGGACUUAAUUAGUGCAAUGAAGCUGGCUGAUUCUGAACAACUGCUUCCGGACGAGUACUGGCUAGUCAAUGACACCUGGAGACAGGAGUGGGAGAAGGGCGUUCAAGUUCCCGUCAACCCAGAGGAUCUGCCUGAAGCAGUUUGCAGGUUGACCGACCAGCACAAUUUGAGAUGUGACUUCCGAUUACCGAAGAAGCUGGUGCGGACAACUCACGACGAGUUCUUCCGAACGGAGCUGCAUCAUCUGGAGACGGUCACCGAGCGGGCGGAGAAGACAUGUCGCUACGACCUGGACAAUGCCGACGUAUGCUGGCUCGACGGUGCCAAUGAGGAGCGCCAACAAGACGGCGAAAGUACAAUCAGUGAGAGUGACAUGGAAAGAGUCAUUGAAGAACUGGAAAAACAGGCACAUGAGAACAUUCAAGCAGCGAUAAAAAAUGGAGAAGGACUCGGUAUAGAAUAUGACGAGGAUGUAAUUUGUGAUAUCUGUAGAGCGCCUGAUUGUGAAGAAGGCAACGAAAUGGUAUUUUGUGAUGAAUGUGACAUUUGCGUGCAUCAGGCAUGCUAUGGCAUAAUGUCGAUUCCUGAGGGUGAAUGGUUGUGUCGGACGUGUGCGCUGCGAAUCAAACCCACUUGCCUGCUGUGCCCACACAAAGGAGGUGCAAUGAAGAGCACAAAGAGUGGCACUAAGUGGGCGCACGUCAGCUGCGCUCUCUGGAUACCUGAGGUGAGCAUCGGCGACGUCGAGAAGAUGGAACCGAUCACAAAGAUCAGCAACAUCCCGCAGAGCCGCUGGAACCUCGUCUGCUACCUGUGCCGCGAGCGAACCGGUGCUUGCAUUCAGUGCUCGGUGAGUGGAGGCUCGCAAUCAGGGGUGAAGUCUUGCAAGACAUCGUUUCAUGUGACAUGUGCUUUCAAAGAAGGUCUAAAGAUGGAGACAGUGCUGGAUGAUGAUGAAGGAGAAGAUGAGGGUGUAAAACUAAAGGCAUACUGUGCAAAGCACGGGGGCGUACACCAUCGGAGGAAGGCUGCCGAGGGCUCACGCUCUCCAAAGAAGCACGAUCACAAGCACGACAAGCAUGACAAGGAACACAAGGAUGGCAAGGACAUGACAGAGGAGGAGCGGGUGAACGAGCGCGCCAGGAGGAUACAAGCAAUCCAGGAGGAGUUCUACAAGUUUGCGAAGGUGAAGGAUGUAGCGGAAGGUGCUGACAUGGAGCGGGACAUAGUCGAUCUCAUCUACGAGUACUGGAAGCUGAAGCGAACGGAGGGCUUCAGCCGACCUCUUCUCGCACCUCGCAAUGAGGAGGCAGACAUGCUCACCAAACAGCAGGAGGACAAUCUAAGUGCUCGUCUCAAGAUGUUUGUACAGCUCAGGCAAGAUCUAGAAAGGGUGCGCAACCUCUGCUACAUGGUGGGCCGGCGCGAGAAGAUGAGCCGCACCUACUACCGCAUGCGUCGCGAGGUGUUCCAGAAGCAGCUGGAGAUCGUCACCGAGCGCGGCUCCGACCUCAGCGACUCCGAGAUCGAGGACGUGCUGACGGCGAGCCACGGCGACUGCGUCUACGACAAGCUCGUCGAGCUGCCGCCGACGCAGAGUGUGCUCAACGCGAGCUCAGAGAGCAACAGUCGCAUCAAGGAGACCGUGCGGCGACAGCUGGCGCGCUCGCGGGAGCUCGACUCCGUCAUGUCCGCGCCGAAACUCGAGCCGGUGCGAACGCCCGGGAGCCCGCGUGGCUCGAAGCGUACGCCCGUCGUUGGCGUCGACGCCGGCAGCGGCGGCCCGAUCAAGAAGAAGAAGGUGAGCGCAGAAGCGUCGCGGACUAAUCGCCUUAUUAAGGCGAAGAGCGCCAAGCGGAAGCAGGAGUCGUCGUCGUCGCCGGCACCGGCGCGUGCCAGGGUCACGAACUCGAAGACUCCUAAGGAGAACAAGAUGCUGUCGCCGCUGCGUGAGCUCAUGAACGAGCUGUCGGACAGCGAGCGCGACAAUGGCCGCGAGGACGACAGCGACGACGAUGACGACAGCGGCGCCGGCUCGGAGCCGAUCAUCAAGGUCAAGACGAAGGCCGAGAUGAAGGAACUCGUAGAGCCGAAGCGGCGGCCCAACGCGAAACUCAGCCGGCUCAAGGCAAAGGCGGCUGCCGCCGUCGCCGCCGCGUCGAAGCCGUUCAUCAACGGAGCCGUUGACGCGGCGGCGGCGCUGCGGCUCGACAAUCACCCCGUCGUCCUCGUCGUCGUCCUCGUCGACGACCAGCACGUCGUCAGAGUCGUCGUCGGAGUCGUCGGGUAG